AUGUGCUGUUUUGCAGCCAAAUCAUAUACAGCAGCUAACUUGAAGGACGUCGUACCCGGCGUGAAAAUCUUCGUCCGCAAACCUUUACCUAAUGGUCAAGAAGAACACCGCAAAGCUGAAGUCUUAUCCACACGUCCUAAACCCGUUUCAGCAUUCGCACCUCCACCCACCGAUACUCAAACCUCAGAUCCUCGAGAUGAUACCGAAUAUUACGUGCAUUAUGUGGAAUUCAACAAACGAUUGGAUGAAUGGGUGGGCGGUAGUAGACUCAUCAUCGAUAAAGAAAUGGAAUGGCCUAAACCAAAAGAAGAAGGGAAGAAGAAAGAAAAGACUGGAAAAGCGACACCUGGCAAAAUGACACCUAUCCGUGCUACAGGAUCUCCGAGACCUUCUGGAAGUUUGUUAAGAAAAGCAGCGACGAAAGCCGCAGCCGCAGCUGCUAAAGGUGUCAACUCGAAAGAUAUUUCCAUUCCCAUAGGAAAAGGAUCAGCUCUGAAGCGGAAAGCAAAGUUGGAACCUGAUGAAGAUGCGGAUGGUGAGGAAGAUGAUUUGGAAGAUGGUGAUGCCAGUAUGACAGCUUCACAAGCUGAUUCAGAAGAUGCUGAAGGAGAAGUUGAUCUUACCGCUCCUUCUGAUCCUCAAGCUACUCCACCUGUAUUCAGUAAAAAACAAGAAAUUGAAAAACUUCGAACUUCAGGUUCGAUGACACAAUCUCAUUCUGAAAUUUCAAGAGUCAAGAAUUUGAAUAAAUUACAAAUAGGAAAACAUGAAGUUGAAUCUUGGUAUUUUUCACCUUAUCCUGCCGAAUACGCCUAUUUACCCAUGUUAUACAUCUGCGAAUUUUGUUUCCUCUUUUAUCCUUCUCUUUUCCAAUUGGAAAGACAUCGAACGAAAUGUACUCUACUACAUCCUCCCGGAAACGAGAUAUAUAGACACGACAAUAUUUCUUUUUUCGAAAUUGAUGGAAGAAGACAAAGAACUUGGUGUAGAAAUCUUUGUCUCGUAUCGAAAUGUUUCUUAGAUCACAAGACUUUAUACUACGACGUAGAUCCUUUCAUGUAUUAUUGCAUGACUGUGAAGGACGAAUAUGGACAACAUUUGAUAGGAUAUUUUUCAAAAGAAAAAGAAAGUGCAGAGAAUUAUAAUGUGGCUUGUAUUUUAACAUUACCACAACAUCAAAGAAAAGGUUAUGGGAAAUUGUUGAUUGAAUUCUCAUAUGAAUUAUCUAAAAGGGAAGGGAAAUUGGGAAGUCCAGAGAAACCUUUGAGUGAUUUAGGUUUAUUAAGUUAUAGAGCGUAUUGGCAAGAGAAAAUCGUGGAAUUGUUAUUGAAAAGUGAUGAGGAAGAGAUUAGUAUGGAUGAGAUUGCUCAGAGGACGAGUAUAACACAUGGGGAUAUAAUGCAUACAUGUCAAGCACUUCAAAUGAUUAAAUAUUAUAAAGGACAACAUAUCAUUCACCUCACCGACGGGGUUUUAAUGCAGUAUGAGAAAGCACAGAAAAAGGCGAAACAGAGAAUAGAUUCGGAAUAUCUCAAGUGGAAGCCACCGGUAUUCAGUCGAGCGCAAUUAGCAUUCGGUUUCUAA